UGGUUCCGGGUCGGGGGUGGAAGAAGCAGCCAACAUGGAGCGUUGGGGGGCUGCGGGGCCUCAGGGAGGCCGGUGAAGGGGGCAGCCCGGGCGGGGGACCCUGUUACUGUCCGGAUUGAUGCCGGGAGAGAGGUGCGCGCGUGCGCAUAGUUGGAGCCCCACUGAAUCUGAGGCGGCAGGCGCUGGCUGCGUUAUCUGAGGCAACAGCAGGAAGCUGCUCACCGUCUCUCUAUAGGGGGCCGUAACUCUUCUUGAUCCCUGCGGGGGAGCCUCUGUUUCCCCUCAGCGUUCUCUUUCGCAGUCCCAGGCAGGCGGCACUGGAGUAGCUAUGUCUUUGGGCGAGUAUGAGAGGCACUGCGACUCCAUCAACUCUGACUUCGGCAACGAGUCGUCCAACAGGAGCGGCCCCCGGCCUGGCCCUAUCUUAGGCGGUGAGCAAGAGGAGUUGCAUUAUGCGCCCAUCCGUGUUCUGGGCCGGGGUGCCUUCGGAGAAGCCACCUUGUACCGUCGGACUGAGGAUGACUCACUUGUAGUGUGGAAGGAAGUGGAUCUUACAAGACUGUCAGAAAAAGAACGCCGUGAUGCUUUGAAUGAGAUUGUUAUCCUUGCACUUUUGCAGCAUGACAACAUCAUUGCCUAUUACAAUCAUUUCAUGGACAACACCACACUUCUGAUUGAACUGGAGUACUGUAAUGGGGGAAAUCUCUACGAUAAGAUCCUGCGGCAGAAAGACAAGUUGUUUGAGGAAGAGAUGGUGAUAUGGUACCUGUUUCAGAUUGCAUCAGCGGUGAGCUGUAUCCACAGGGAAGGAAUCCUUCACAGAGAUAUAAAGACACUGAAUAUCUUCCUCACUAAAGCAAAUCUUAUAAAACUGGGUGACUAUGGUUUGGCAAAAAAGCUGAAUUCUGAGUAUUCCAUGGCUGAAACGUUGGUAGGAACCCCAUACUACAUGUCUCCAGAGCUCUGCCAAGGAGUAAAAUACAACUUCAAAUCUGAUAUCUGGGCAGUUGGCUGUGUUGCCUUUGAGCUCCUCACACUGAAGAGAACUUUUGAUGCAACAAAUCCCUUGAAUCUCUGUGUGAAGAUUGUGCAAGGGAACCGGGCAAUGGAGGUAGAUUCCAAUGUUUAUUGUUGGGAUCUAAUCCAGAUGGUCCACUCCUGCCUCGAUCAGGAUCCUGAGAAGAGGCCGACUGCUGAUGAGCUGCUUGAGAAUCCCCUUAUCAGCAAGCACAGGAGAGAGAUGGAAGAGAAGGUUGUGCUGCUCAAUGGCCCAAACAAGCGACCAAGAACAAGCACCAUGAAUGAGGCUCCUAUUGCUGUGGUGACUUCACGCACUAGUGAAGUAUAUGUAUGGGGGGGUGGGAAGUCCACACCUCAGAAGCUGGAUGUCAUUAAAAGUGGAUGCAGUGCACGACAAGUCUGUGCAGGAAACACCCACUUUGCAGUGGUGACGGUGGAAAAGGAGCUCUAUACUUGGGUGAACAUGCAAGGGGGCACCAAACUGCAUGGCCAACUGGGACAUGGAGAUAAAGCCUCCUAUCGGCAGCCUAAGCAUGUGGAAAAACUGCAAGGCAAAGCCAUUCGCCAAGUCUCUUGUGGAGAUGACUUUACCAUCUGCAUCACAGAUGAGGGUCAAGUCUUUGCCUUUGGCUCAGACUACUAUGGCUGUAUAGGUAUUGACAAAGCAUUUGGUUCUGAAGUGCUGGAGCCCCGACAGCUGAACUUCUUUCUCAGCAACCCAGUGGAGCAGGUUUCCUGUGGAGAUAACCAUGUGGCAGUGCUGACCCGAAACCGAGAGGUCUACACAUGGGGCUGUGGAGAAUAUGGUCGCUUAGGUUUGGAUUCAGAAGAGGAUUACUCUGUCCCACAGAAGGUAGAAAUUCAGAAGACCUCUAAUAUUAUUUCAGUCCAGUGUGGCAGUGAUGGAACCUUUCUGCUCACACAGACAGGCAAGGUGCUGGCUUGUGGUCUGAACGAAUUCAACAAACUGGGCCUGAACCAAUGCACUUCAGGGAUUAUUAAUCAUGAUGCUUACCAAGAAAUUCCGUACACUACUUCCUUCACUUUGGCCAAGAAACUCUCCUUCUACAAGAUUCGCACGAUUGCACCAGGAAAGACACACACAGCUGCCAUAGAUGAGCGGGGUCGUUUGCUCACCUUUGGCUCCAACAAGUGUGGACAGUUGGGUGUUGGAGACUAUAAGAAACGUCUGGGUAUUAAUCUGCUGGGAGGACCCCUUGGGGGAAAACAGGUCAUCAGGGUUUCCUGUGGUGAUGAGUUCACUAUAGCUGCUACUGAUGAUAACCAUAUAUUUGCCUGGGGUAAUGGCGGUAAUGGCCGUUUAGCAAUGACACCAACAGAGAGAGCUCAUAGUUCUGAUAUUUGUACAUCAUGGCCUCGGCCCAUUUUUGGUUCUUUACAUUAUGUCCCAGAUUUAUCUUGCCGUGGCUGGCAUACCAUCAUAAUUGUUGAAAAAGUUAUAAAUUCUAAAACCAUCCUCCGUUCCAGUAGCAGUGGCCUCUCCAUUGGGACUGUGGCUCAGACCUCUACAGCUGAAGGAGCAGAAGAGGAGGAAAGUGAGCAGGACUCUGAGACCCCUGAUCCCAGCAGAGGUUUCCGGGGAACCAUGGAAGCAGACCGUGGACUGGGGGAUCGGAUCAGUGCAACAGAAGCAGUUGCAGAUAGCAGUGCCACUAGCAGCUCCUGCCCUAGUUGGUUACGCAAGGAGCUGGAGAAUGCAGAGUUCAUCCCUAUGCCUGAAACCCCCUCUCUUGUGAGCCUAGCCUCUUCAGAGCCUGACAAAGAAACUCUACCCUACAAUGAGUUGAAGGGACUGCACUUGGCUUCACCAAUGCCUGUUGAUAACAAGUUCAAAACAGGGACUUGGCAGCAACUCUUGAAUUCAGCAGAGCCCUGUAGUGAGGAGAAGACAUCUGGAGCACCAACUGCAUGUAAGUGCAGUUUGCUGCAGGCUGAAGUGGAGCGUCUGCAUGGCUUAAUAUCAAAGUGUUUGGCUGACCAGCAGAAGCUCCAGCAACAAACCACCCGCCUCAGUGCCCAGCUCCAGUGCCUCUCCAGGAGGACAGAAGGAACAUGGCAGAAGUGAGAUGAUGUAUGCAAGUACAGAUCUGUGAUCACACUAUCGACACUGGACUUCUCAUCUUGCUCACAUGGAACAGAUCAGCUCAUUUCCAUUUCAGGAUACUAAACUUGGCAGUCAUCAGAAAUGCUAGGAUGGAAAGAUGCCUUGCUUUCACUGGCAAAAUUUGACUCUUUGGUGUUUUAUGGAGAAUUGACUUUCUUAAAAGUAGUGGUUGACUUUUUUUAAAAAAUAAUACUGUUGCAAGGUGUGAAAAUCCUCACUGAAAAUGUCUAUACUUUCGGCUCUACAGAGUUAACUAUCACAAAUGGUGUUCUAGUCACAUAAAUUACUUUAGUAAUUAACAACAUUAUAUACCAUCAGUAACCAGGGCAUUAAGAUAAUGAGUAACACACACUGGUUAGAAAUGCUAUAAAUAACUUGCUAUUGAGAUUUGGACAUGUAGUUUUGAGUCUUCAACAACUAAUAGAGAUAGGGAUUCCAGGCUUUCUCAAGCAUGGUUUUUAUUGUAAUAUAAGGAGAACAGGUGUAUUAGUUAUUGGUUAUUGGAGAUGUGCUUUCCUAGUAGCUGCUGAGGUGAAAAAUGUUCCAUCCACUGAUUGUCCCCAUUGGGAACAACACUGUUUUCAUUUAGAAACAAAAUGUCAGGUCUGGGGACUUAAUGUGGCCCUCCAAGCCUCUAUCUGCACCUUAAGGCUCUCCCCAGUCCAUCAGCACACAGAACUCCCCGAGGUGGGGGAGUGAGUGGCUGGGGCAGACAAACAGCCACAUUUACAGCCCACCUGGACUCAAGUUAGCAAAACAGAAGGUGGUGUGGGCAUGUUUUUCCUUUUUUGCCCCUCCCCUACAGUCAACAUUUUUCUUUAAAAAAGAUUUUCUUUCCCUUUGGAUCCAACAGGAGAGGAGAUAACUGCAUCAACCCCAGGGCUGGCAUCCCUUUUCCUCGGUUCUAGGAGUGUGUCAGGAAAGAAGGGCUUUGGAACUAGGGGACUCAAAGCCACCCUAAUCUUGCAGCAAGAGCAGCAAAGGUUUUAUGUCUACAGGGGGGGGGGGUUUGCAAGGGGUGGACUUGCCCCUUGGUGGACAAAGAAAGUGAUCCACUUUAUCCCAUGGCCCCUGGGAUGACAUCCCAGAGACCACAGGAUUGCGCCCUACUUUUGACUAUUGAGUUGCAUCACGGUAGAGAACCAGAACACUGAAUUAACCACUAGAAUGCCUGUCUAGUGUCCUUCUGGCUUCUGGGAUUUCUUGAAGACACUACUUGCACAUUUGCCAGCUUCUCUGUAAUAAGGAAAACCACUCCACAUGACUUACAAGGAAAGGAGUGCCUUUGGAACAGGAUUUCUAAAGCUGGCUGUCUAGCCAUCUCAACCAGUAGUGUAGGAUGUGGUGGGGAAGGCCAUAGCUCAGUGGUGGAGCACUGCUUUUUAUGCAAAAGAUCCCAAGCACCUCUCAGGGCUGCAAAAGACCCUGCCAAAUCUACACCACUGAUGCACAAUCGAGAAGUACCAGCAGCCUUGCGAUGACCCCAAGAUAUGCAUAAGUGCAAAAAUAUUUGCAACUGGGGGAGGGUGCAUAAAGGAGAAUCCAAACAGUCCCAUAAUAAUUCAGUAUCAUAUAAGGUUGAGGUUGCAGAACUGACAGUGUGAGAGAAGGGAACAGAAUGGAGUGGCUGGAGCAGGAGAGCAGAGAAACAAUAUAUUUAAAGCAGAGGUAGAGAUCCUCAGGUCUGGGUACUUAAUAUGGCCCUCCAAGCCUCUCUAUCUGCACCUUAAGACUCUCCCCAGAUCACACCACCUCCCUAGCCAUACCUUCUACAGGCCUUGCUUUGCACUAGCCUUGUUUUUCCCUGGCUGGAAAGGGUCCUUGAACUUAGAUAAUGCCUCUUGCUUCCCUAGAUGGAGGAUAGAGGGCUGUGACCAAUGCUGUGCCCACUUUUGCUUCUGGGCCCACCCAGCACUGGUUGAUAAAGGUUCUCUACCCCUGAUAAAAAAGAUAGUAAUAUAUAUUAUUUCUUGGUUCACACAGAAGUUAUUUUUAACUCCCCAGGAAUGGAAGCGAGAGUCAGAAACAAUGACAAAACUAAAGAAUUCAGCGUAGUUAGGAUUGUGUCAACCCCCCCCAUCCCCAAAUGAAGGAAAAAAUAACAAAAACAGUCCCAUGAAAAGUGAGCCUACCCAGUGGGUACAGAAUACUAACCUUACUGUUGCAGGGGGAGGGAAUGGGGUGGCUAAGAUAACACAUGCACAACAAUACACGGCAACAUUUUGUUGUGGAGCCUGGCUUGUUUUUAACUCCUUUGAAUCAAUCUAAAUCUUUACCAUGCACAUUUCUUGCUCUUCCAUUUUGCUGAAGAAAUAAUCUCUAAAUUGUUGCCACCCAAGGGAAAAUUGGUCUGGAUUUUUCUUUGAUUAUUUUUGAAACAAUCAAAAUCUUACCCUUGGCUGAUAUUUUUUUCAUUUUCAUUUUAUUAAAUUUAUAUACCGCCCACAGCCGAAGCUCCCUGGGCGGUUCACAACAAUCAGCAUAAAAUACAAUAAAACACAUAUUUAAAACAGUUUUUUAAAAAAGCUUAAAAUUUAAAUUUAAAACAUAAACAUUUUUACACACAUUAAAAUGCCUGGGAAAAGAGGAAAGUUUUAACUUGGCACCGAAAAGAUAAUAAUGUCGGCGCCAGGCGUACCUCGACAGGAAGACUAUUCCAUAAUUCAGGGGCCGCCACUGAGAAGGCCCUCUUUCUUGUCGCCACCCUCCGAGCCUCCCUCUGAGUAGGCACCCGGAGGAGGGCCUUCGAUGCUGACCGUAGCGUACAGAUAGGUUCAUAUCGGGAGAGGCGUUCCAUCAGGUAUUGUGGUCCCGCGCCGUAUAAGGCUUUGUAGGUUAAAACCAGCACCUUGAACCGGGCCCGGAAACAUAGGCAGCCAAUGCAAGCGGGCCAGAAUCGGUGUUAUGUGUUCGGACCGCCUGGUCCCCAUUAUCAAUCUGGCCGCUGCAUUUUGCACGAGCUGCAGUUUCCAAACCGUCUUCAAAGGCAGCCCCACAUAGAGUGCAUUGCAGUAAUCUAGUUUAGAGGUUACCAGAGCAUGGACAACUGAAGCGAGGUCAUCCCUAUCCAGAUAGGGGCGGAGUUGGGCCACCAAACGAAGUUGGUAAAAGGCACUCCGUGCCACCGAGGCUACUUGAUCCUCAAGUGACAGUGAAGGUUCUAAAAGAACUCCCAAACUACGAACCUGCUCCUUCAGGGGGAGUGUAACCCCAUCCAGAACAGGUUGAACAUCCACUAUCCGGUCGGGAGAACCUCCCACUAACAGCGUCUCGGUCUUGUCUGGAUUAAGCCUCAGUUUAUUAGUCGCAGCCAGGCAACGGUUCAGUACAUUGACAGCCUCACCUGAAAAAGAUGAAAAGGAGUAGAGCUGCGUGUCAUCAGCAUACUGAUGGCAACGCACUCCAAAACUCCGGAUGACCGUGUGAUGUUCCUAUAUAUUAGUGUAUAUAUGGUAAGUGCUGGUUGUUUAGAGUAUACAUGGUAAGUAGUGAAAGAGGAGGGGGAGUGAAUGGGCAAUAAAAUGCUUGAUGAUUGGCUGAAUGUUUAAAAUGGCUGACGGUAUAAAUGAAAGGAUGACAGGUAAAUCUGGGUGAAUGUGAGGUGGUGAAUUGUGGAAUCUGGAGGGAGAAGAGAAAGAGUGGAUUGCUUGGUGGGGUUUAGAGAGUUGUUUACCAGGAGGGAGGUGGAGUUUGGAUUAGUAUUGAGUAAAACCAUAUGC